GUGGCAUUGACUUUGUACUCGUGCAAAAUACUCGGCAAUAGCCAAUUGAAAAUUUCUGAAUAGGAGACUUGGGUAAAAAUAACACCAAAUUCUAUUGAAAAAUUACGCGGAAUACUGAGAAUUUUGUUGCUUUAAAUAAUAAACAUUGGUGACCAGUGAAGAAAAGUAAUUUUUAAGAGAAACUAUCCGAGUUUCAUUGGAGGAAAUCCCAAUACUUUUCUGCUACACAAUCUCUCACCAACACACAAAGAACAAUAUAUCACACACAACCAGCCAAACAUUUGUACAACGCACGUCGCAAAGGAAAGAAGAAAGCAGCAGCAGCAAAGCAAGAUAACAAAGGCAGUUUUUCGCAAUAAACAACGCUCGCUCUGUGGACAAGAAAAAUUGCAUUUUCCACAAAACAGUAGAUAAAUAAACGCGGAAAUAACAAAGCAUUUUCAGCGUUUUCUUAAACAGAAUAAAACAACAAAAAGCGAAUUUACAAUAAUGGAUCGUGGUUCCGGACGCUACUCAUACAACCGCCGUGAAGGAGGCGGUGGACAGCGUGGUGGCAAUAAUGGUGGUGGACACAAUCAACACCAUAAUAACCAUUCUAAUUCAUCCCUAUCAUCAUCCUCCUCAUCAUCACUGUCGUCAUCAUCAAAUAAUCAUAACAACAAUCACUAUGAUAAUCAUAAUUCCUACAAUUCACAUCGUAAUACAAGUAAUAAUUCUUCGUCACAUUAUUCAAAUAAUUCGCUACAAAAUAAUUCAUCAUCGUCGUCGAUGUAUGCAAAUACCACCACACAUAUAAGCAAUAACAUAACAUCCUCAGCCCGCGAACCGAUUACACAGCAUGAUGAGCUCAUACACUAUAUAAGGGAAGCAUGGACAAAAGUUAGUGAACAAAGUACAUCUGUUCUAUACAACGAUACCGAUAAUCAAUUAAAAAACUUUGAACCAUUUAACUUGGAAGAGUAUUGGGGCAAACGACUGGUUCAAAAUAUACACAUUUCUUCCCAUGGACAUCAAUAAGAAGUCUCCAUUUGAAAUAACACAUCCCCACAAACACACACACACUCUCUCUGUCAGAAAAGAAAGGUGUUUUAGACAACAUUAAUAUAUAUUUAAUUGCAAACAAACAAAAAGAAAGAAAACAUUUUUUGACAAGAACACAAUUAUCUUAGUUGGCAAAUAAUUGAAGUAAAUAGAAAACAACAACAACAACUUUGAUAAAUUCCACGUAAAUAUAACACACAGAUACGAAAACUAAAACACAAUCAAUCCCCAGAAAUUUUCUUCAAACUCCCCCUCAAAAGAAACAAUAUUGUAUACCAACAAGAAGAUAUAAACAAGCAAAGAAAAAAACUUAUAAAAAUAA